UACUGUUCCUGCUUCUGCCAGAUAGUAGUAAUAGUAGUAUGUUAGUAUGCCAUUUUGAACUUGGCCAGUGUCCAUCCUGACUUGGCUCACUCUGCAGGAACAGUCUUGACUAUGGACCGUUUUUAAAAAGCCAUGUAAAUAAAGGAAGCCUCUCUCUGUUUUUCCCUUCACCAAAUACUCAAAUUCGCUGUCUCUAAUACAUUUCAAAGGUGACUAUAUUUUGCCUGACCAGGAAUAUUUUAAAUGCUGUAGUAGUUGCACUAUAAAUAGGUCAUUUUAUAUCUUUAUAUUUUCAAGAGGUGUAGAAAAGUUUGCUGAAAUAUAGUCCAUUUAUUAUGGGAGGGGGGGGAUUUUUUUAAUUGUAUUUUUUUCUUUGGGGUUGCUCUAUCAACAUAGAGGAAACAUUAAAAAAAAAACUAAACAACAAAACGGGGAACAGCCAGGGGAUACAUUAAAGGAAUAUUCCGGGUUCAAAACAAGUUAAGCUCACUCGACACAUUGUCACUCAUUUGUGACUAUGUUGAUUACCACAAAAGAAUUUGGACUUGUCCCUCCUUUUUACAGAAAUCAUGUUAACACGCAUAUUGUUUAUGUCUUGUGGCUAUACUUUUGAAAUGGUGAGUAUUUUAACGUUUAUGGAUUGGCUCCAUUCACUUCCAUUGUAAGUGCCUCGCUGGAACACAGAAUUUUUUUUUUUUUUUUUUUUUUAAAGGAGUAAAAAUUUGUUUUUAAUCAGCAUUGUCACAAAUGCUGUCAAAUGAACUUGUAUUGAACUCGGAUAUUCCUUUAAAGACCGUAAAAUGGAAAGUUAUAUUGGUAAGCUAGUCAGAUUUCCUCUCACUGUUCAUUGGUUCCUCUGGGUUUUGUUAGGCUUGUUGCUAGGAUACAGCAGACAGGCCCGUCUCUGACCAGUGCUUUAUGUAUCGAUGAUAUAGUGCAGUCAAAAUACGAUAAAAUGUUCGAAAACGGAGAAGAACAAGGACCAAAGAGCACCUUUACCACAUAUAUGGCUGAAGGUGAUCAGCUAUUUCACAAGGGAGAGUAUGUUAAAGCUGUUGAGAGCUUCUCCGCGGCUUUAAGUUUACAGCCGGGUGAGAAGAACUGUCUAGUGGCUAGAUCCAGGUGUUAUGUGAAGCUGGGAGACGCAGAGAGCGCGCUGAAAGAUGCCGAGGCAUCCCUCGAAGAUAACAAGGACUUCUUUAAGGGUCUGUAUCAGAAGGCAGAGGCCCUGUACACUAUGGGUGAUUUUGAGUUUGCAUUGGUCUACUAUCACAGAGGCCAUAAGCUACGUCCAGAGCUUCAGGAGUUCAGACUGGGUAUUCAGAAAGCUCAAGAGGCAAUUGACAACUCUGUUGGGAGUCCUUCAUCUGUGAAGCUGGAGACCAACGGAGACUUGUCUUUCUUCCACAAGUCUGAUGGGAUUCGUCAAAAGCAUUUGAUCCAUUCUCAUAAGAAGGAACCGAGACAACAUGGUCAGAAGAUGCCCAGAAGUGAAAGAACAGCCAAGCAACUUCUGGGAGAGCUAUACAGCGACAGAAAAUACUUGGAGAAACUUCUCCAAGAUGAGGAUCUCAUAAAAAGUAAAAUACGAACUGGAGAGCGUGUGCAAGAUCUGAUCAUAGGCUGUAUCUCAUACCUGGACACACGGACAGAGUUCUGGCGGCAACAGAAGCCCAUGUAUGCACGCCAGCAGGACAGAAAACUAAUGCAGCAUCAGUGGAGUCGGGCUCUCCACAACCCUCCCUCUGAUCCCACCCGCUAUGUCCUCACCAGCCUGGAAGAGAUUGACACAGCUUUGAGUGCAGGUAAUGCAGAGAGCAGCCUGAAAAAGGCCCGUGAGCUCAUGAAGACAGUGCAGGGAUGGACUGAGGAGGUUCUUCCUAAUAAAAGAGAAGUGCUUGGGAACCUGCACAGCUGCAUUGGUAAUGCACUGAUGGAUCUUGGGAAAAUGGACAAGGCUCUAAAUCAUCAUGAGAAGGACCUGGAGCUGGCCAAGCAAGGAAACCUGACAGACAGCAAAUCCAGAGCUCUGGACAAUAUCGGCCGUGUGUACGCACGCAUAGGAAAGUUUCAGCAAGCUAUAGAUGUGUGGGAGGAAAAGGUUCCUCUAGCAUGUGGUGGGUUAGAGAAAGCCUGGUUGUUCCAUGAGAUCGGCCGCUGUUACCUGGAGCUGAAGCAUUACGUUGAAGCAAGAGACUAUGGCUCUCACUCUCUCACGGCUGCUGAUGACAUCAGUGAUGAGAAAUGGCAGCUCAAUGCCAGUGUGUUAGUGGCACAGGCAGAAUUGAAGCUGGGUAACUGCAAGGCCAGUGUUUUACACUUUGAGAGGGCACUUGACCGGGCAAAACUGCUGCAGGACGACUCUGCCAGAGAAGCCAUCCAGAAGGCUCUUCGUGAAGCAAGACAAAAAGUGACUCAGUAACACAAAACCCUACUGAAUAACAUGGCUGCAGUCGACUGAAUAAUUUCCCAAGACAAGUCAGAACUAAUGCAUCCCUUCUAAGCUUCAUGCUCAACCAGUGGAAUAAAGUCUGCGUGUGGAACAAUG